AGGCUCUCCUUAUAAAAGACAUCAUCGGAAAUCAAAUCACCACAAGCGGCUACGGUGGUCUCCAUCAUCAUGGGUCUGCCGAUCAAGUCGGGGCUGCUGCAGCUCUUGUUGUUGUUGUUGUUAUCCUGCUGUGUAGCGCAGACCUCCAGCACUCCAAUCGACGGGGACACAGUCAAGAGUGACUUAAGGAGCUUGGCGGCAAGUCUGGCGCCCAUGUACCUGCCGGUGUCAGUCUCGCCAAGCAGCCCUUGUGGCCAAGCCCUCAAAGACAUGGCCACCUCUCUGGCCUCCAACUCUUCUUUGUGGGCCUACAAGAUUGUGGACUCCUGGGGCAAGACACUGGAUGGGUUAGGCAUGCUCAACUAUCAUUACUUUGGAAACUAUGACGAGUGCGUGCAUACAGCAGCUGGGAGCGUGACGGGCAAGUACUGCACGGUGGCCACGUACUUGCUGGAGGACAAGAGGACGACGCCCCGCUUGCCUGAGGUCAUUCCGUGGCGGCCCGGUGCACCUUGGGUCAGGGAUGUGCUGAAUAGAGACACUCGCAUCGCUUCAGAAGGCAUCAAGACCGACCCGCUCUCCUACAGCACCUGUAUGCCCAGUGUUUGCACCAGACAAGAGCUGCAGGAUUCUCUCACCAAGCUGCUGCUGCCUCAGGGCGUCUAUCCCGACGUGUCUUCCUGCGCUGUGCUGAACCCUCAGGUGGAAUUUACUACCCCGGACAUCGGCUUCAUGGGCUUCCUUAUGUUCCUGGUGGUACUCGUUGUCUGCGCAUCCCUCGUCGACAUGUGGCUCGUCUACACUGGUAAUCGGCGUCUGCCCAAAGGUGUCCUCCGCUAUUUGCUGGUGUUUUCCGCCUACACCAACCUUGGCAAGAUACUCCGAGUGAAUCCGUCGUCUACGCCGGGAACCAUCAGCUGCCUUCAUGCCAUGAGGUAUAAUAACAUUAGUGAAAGAAUAAUAAUAUAAUAAUAAAAAUAAUAA